AUGCCUACCUUCCGUCACCCUGUCGUCGCCGUCUCGCAUGGCCCCGGUCCUCUGUGGCUGCUCUCUUCAGGCUUCGACGAAAUGAGGCGCGAUUCUCGACCUGCUGCUGAACUGCUGAGUUCGCUCUUCAAGAAACUCUACCCCAAGAACGAGAACUUACCCAAGCGGAUCCUCAUCGUCUCGGCGCAUUUCGAGUCUGACAGCAGCGGAUUUGAGAUCUCCAACGCUGCCAACCCAGAGAUGGUCUACGACUACUACGGCUUCCCUGAUGAGGCCUACGACGUCGUGUACCCUGCUAAGGGCGACCCUGCUUUUGCUCAACGAGUGAAGGAACAACUCGAGAACAACAAGAUCAAGGCGAAGUUAGUCAACCGCGGGUUUGACCACGGCGUGUUCGUGCCAAUGAAGCUGAUCCGCCCCCAAGCAGACAUCCCGAUCGUCACCAUGUCGAUCAACUCGUACUUGAGCAACCUGGAUCACUUCAAUCUGGGCAAGAUACUGACCACGUUCCGUGACGAGGACACGUUGGUUGUGUGUUCUGGUCAGUCGACCCACAAUCUAAGAGGUCUCCACUUUCGCAGUCCCUCUCUUGUUGAGGGGACUAGAACAUUCCAAUACUGGUUGGACCAGACCUUGGCCUCGGAGUCAAAGCUCAGUGUUGAGGAGCGGACCAAACAGAUUACGAACUGGCGCAACGCACCUGGAGCGAAAUAUGCGCAUCCAUCGCCUGAUCAUUUCAUGACGUUCAUUGUCGCUGCUGGAGCAGGAAUGGAGGACAAGAAACCGGGAGCAAAACCGCUGUUUGGAGGUUGGGCACUUGGCCACAUGUCCUUCGCAAACUAUGCAUGGGGAAUGUAG